AUGGGUGUGUAUGGGUGUGCAUGGAAGCCUGGGACAGGGCAGGACCAGGGGGCAGGACCAGGGGGCAGGACCAGGGGGCAGGACCAGGGGACAGGACCAGGGGACAGGACCAGGGGACAGGACCAGGGGACAGGACCAGGGGACAGGACCAGGGGACAGGACCAGGGGACAGGACCAGGGGGCAGGACCAGGGGGCAGGACCAGGGGACAGGACCAGGGGACAGGACCAGGGGACAGGACCAGGGGACAGGACCAGGGGGCAGGACCAGGGGGCAGGACCAGGGGGCAGGACCAGGGGACAGGACCAGGGGACAGGACCAGGGGACAGGACCAGGGGACAGGACCAGGGGGCAGGACCAGGGGAAGGACCAGGGGGAAGGACCAGGGGGCAGGACCAGGGGACAGGACCAGGGGACAGGACCAGGGGACAGGACCAGGGGACAGGACCAGGGGACAGGACCAGGGGACAGGACCAGGGGGCAGGACCAGGGGACAGGACCAGGGGACAGGACCAGGGGGCAGGACCAGGGGACAGGACCAGGGGGAAGGACCAGGGGACAGGACCAGGGGGAAGGACCAGGGGGCAGGACCAGGGGACAGGACCAGGGGACAGGACCAGGGGGCAGGACCAGGGGGCAGGACCAGGGGGCAGGACCAGGGGACAGGACCAGGGGACAGGACCAGGGGGCAGGACCAGGGGGCAGGACCAGGGGACAGGACCAGGAGGAAGGACCAGGGGGAAGGACCAGGGGGCAGGACCAGGGGGCAGGACCAGGGGACAGGACCAGGGGGCAGGACCAGGGGGCAGGACCAGGGGGCAGGACCAGGGGACAGGACCAGGGGACAGGACCAGGGGACAGGACCAGGGGGCAGGGAAUUGCCAGGAAACAUGGUGGGGUGGGGGGCAGGAUCAGGGGAGGGCCAGGGGAUAGGGCCAGGGUAAAGGGCCAGGGGACAGGGGAUAGGGCCAGGAGAAGGGCCAGGGAACAUGGUGGGGGGCCAGGCGGCAGGGCCAAGGGCCAGGGGACAGGGCCGGGGACAGGGUGGGGGGCCAGGGGACAGGGUCGGGGACAGGGUGGGGGGCCAGGUGACAGGGUGGGGGGCCAGGGGACAGGGCCAGGGGACAGGGCCGGGACAGGGGACAGGGCCGGGAACAGGGUGGGGGGCCAGGGGACAGGGCCAGGGGACAGGGCCGGGGACAGGGUGGGGGGCCAGGGGACAGGGCCAGGGACAGGGCCGGGACAGGGUGGGGGGCCAGGGGACAGGACCAGGGGGCAGGAUGGGGGACCAGGGAACAGGGCCGGGGCAGGGUGGGGGCCAGGGGACAGGGCCAGGGGACAGGGCCGGGGACAGGGUGGGGGGCCAGGGGACAGGAUGGGGGGACAGGGGACAGGGCCAGGGGACAGGAUGGGGGGACAGGGGACAGGGCCAAGGGCCAGGGCCAGGGGAAAGGGCCAGGGUAUAUAG